AUGGAGAUCGAGCUCGCUUAUGGUGAAUCUCGCGGAUACUGGAAACAUUAUUCACCCGGGAAGUGGUUCAAACAAGCGAAAGCCGUUGGCAAGAUCAACAACGUAAAAGCUACUCUGUUAUUUGAUUCUGGUGCUGAAGUGUCGAUCAUUGACACCACCUUUGCUCGUGAGGUCGGUUGCAAUAUUGACGAAAGUCAACGACAAGAAUGUAUCGGGAUUGGAGAAACUCCGUACAUGACGGUAGGACGUACCAAGAUCAAGGUGACCCUCGCGGGAUCGCUGGUAUACUAUUUCAAUGUAUGGGUAGGCGAUCUGGCAGGGCAAGAAGCGAUUCUGGGUAUGGAUUUUAUGGUGCCUGCUGGAGUGCGGCUCGAUCUAGCGGAUGGCGCGCUAUGUCUACCAGAAGAAAUCCGCAUUCAUCUCGCAGGACGUCGCCCCGCGUACGGAUCGAAGAUACAACAUAUAACGGCGAAGGACCAACACGUGGUGAUCCCGGUCGGAGAGUCAAGGGAAGUGAAGAUCGGGAUCGGAGGGGCUAAGAUGAAGUUGUGGGUCGCUAGAGGACUAGAUUGGGUCCCCACUGUGAUCUCGGGGUGGGGUAAGACGAAAUACCUGCAGAUGACCAACAUUGGCGACCGUGAGAUCAUACUGCCCACCCACACUAUAUUAGGCAUGUGGGUCGAAGGCGAUAUGGUACCGCGAACCCAAGGUUUGGUGACAGUCGGGUCGGGGAAGUACAAGGAAUGGCAAACUCUGGCAUAUGAGGCUACGACGGAUCGAGUGAACGAACUCCCGAAAGAACCGAUCGGACCAUUGGUAGAUCGUCCUACGUAUGCCGCUCCCAAACGCAUCUUGAAACGUCCGUCUGAUGCGUUACAGAACCUGUCUCCGGCGAUCUCCACGGUAACGCCGCAAGCUAACGAUGACGAUUCGCAAAAGGCAGAUGCUGUAGUUGCGAGGGAAGUAACGGGAGACCGCGACACCGGUCAAGAAGGGCUACGUGACAGAUCGUCUCUACCGAAGGCUGAGCCGACUGACCGACUGUUGAAAUUGGGCCAGCCGGAAGAGACGAAGGAGCCUAAAGAAGAAAUAAUGCUAAAUACUGAAGACGUCGAGAUUGCAGAAAUACCAGUUUAUCACCACGAGAGCGGAGAUUUGUUUGCGGAAGAUAUCGAGCAGCAUAUGGCCGUGCUACCAGAGAUGUCGGCGACUACGGAAGAAGUUACGAUUGAGGACAUUCAGAUCGGUGAUCCCGAUGUGCCUCUCACCACAGAUCAACAACGGCUCAGAUCGCUGAUCUGGAAGAGCCGUCACCUCCUCAUGGGUAAAGGUAAUGCUCUACCACCAGCAGCACGAGGCGCGAUCUGUGAUAUUGAUGUCGGUGGGGCAGCACCGAUAGCGCAAAGAGUGCGUCCGGUCGCACCCAAAUAUCGGGAGAAGCUGUCAGAUCUCAUCAAAGGACUAUUAGCAGCCAAAAUCGUUCAGCCAUCCACGUCACCUUGGGCGUCUCCGAUAGUGGUGAUCAUCAAGAAGAACGGAGUGGAUAUUCGCCUUUGCAUUGAUUAUCGAAGAGUUAACCAGCUGACGCGUCUGAUGGUUUAUCCCAUGCCGUUGAUCAGCGAUCUGUUGGAAGAUCUGGAUAAAGCUCUAUGGUACUGUUCGCUAGACAUGGCUAGUGGAUUUUGGGUCGUCGAAAUGACUGAACGAGCAAAACUGAUCUCAGCGUUUGUCACACCGUUUGGCUUGUUCGAGUGGCUGCGAAUGCCUUUUGGGCUUAAGAACGCGCCCCAGAUCUACCAACGUCUGGUGGACAAUGCGUUGUAUGGAUAUCUCAAGAUCGGCCAGAGAUCAGCUUCUGAUGGCCCGAUCGACGUGUUCAAAGAUGGAGAACCUGAGACAGAUCGACGACCGUCUAUACUGGGACGCCGAUCUUACAUUGACGAUAUUCUCAUACCAGCCACGUCAUGGGGAUCUUUGUACACAAAAGUAGAACGGUUGCUGGAGGCAUGUGAUAAGUGGAAUCUGUCUAUCAGCCUCACGAAGAGCUUUUGGGGGUGCCGUAAGGUCGAUUAUUUGGGACAUCGAGUGUCGAUGGAUGGUCUGGAGGCUCAGCCCAAGAACCUAGAGUCGUUGGUUAACAUCCCGUUUCCUAGCACGCUACGAGCUAUGCAAUCCUUUCUCGGGAGCUUGAACUACUACCGUCGCUUCAUUGAGGAUUUCGCGGUGUAUGCCGCGGUGUUGUAUGAGUUAAGAGAAUCGGAUUUCUUCGAGAUCGGCCGAUCUCAGCUUGCAGCAGGAGACGAAUGCUCCAACGAGGGUCGAUGGACGGAAGCCAAGGUUGCUUUCACUAUGCUAAAAGCUAAGAUAGCUACAGCUCCCAUGCUCAAGCAUUUCGACCCAGAUCGGUCCCCCGUAAUCGUGGUCUACGCUAGCAAGUGGGCUGUCUCAGCGGCCCUGAUACAGGAGUACGAUGGCGUGUACCAUCCGGUGACGUUUACUAGCCGCACUUUAAAGCCUAAUGAGCUUAACUACGGAACGGUAGAAAAGAAGUGCUGGCGCUACUUCUCUCGAGGGCUCAACGGGAGAUUAGGACGGUGGGCUGCUUUGUUGUCAAAUUGGACUAUGGAGGUGAAGAAAUGUGAAAGAGGAGAGGAAGAGAUCCUGGGCAUGUUAGCAGCGAGUAUCACUCCGAGAGGAGAAGUGGAAGAGAUGCUGAUUGCGAUCUCCCCACGAAAAGACUGUCGACUCAAAAUAUCGAUGCCUCCUCCAACGGUGGAAACAGAUGAGGAGUUGCUGGUGGCCAGUUUCGAUGGAUCGGCUAGGAUAAAAAAGAAAGGAGGGUCGUUCAGUGCCGUGAUAUGGAAGUUACCCGAAUGGACGAUCGUGGCGGCCGAAUCGAGAUAUGUUCACGAUCUGACUGUGAAUGAAGCUGAGUAUAAUGGCUUGCUACUGUGCUUUGAGUUACUCGCCGAUCUGGAUAGGGGGCGAGUAAUACUGUGUGGAGAUUCCAGUCUGGUGAUUCGACAGAUGCGCGGUGAGAUCGACUGCAAGGCACCGGGCCUUCAGCUUCUGAGACACAAAGCGUUGGAGAAGCUGCAGUCAUGGCCUAGUCACGAGUUUCUGCAUAUGAAGCGAGAGUGGAAUCAGAGCGCAGAUCGACUAGCCAGCACAGCAUUGCAGAGCGAAAAGGGAAGAACGGUUGUAGCUGAAGAGGAUCGGCAAGAUCUGAUGACUCUGAACCGUCUCGAUGAAUUGUUGAAGCCCAAGCAAGAUGGUCAGCUAGCUCGGGUAACUGCGAUCGCGAGAUCAGCCAGGAGGAUACGUCAUGAACCUGAAGUGAUACAGGAGGAGAUAGUACAGAGGAUCAGGAUUCAACGAAUUGUCCAAGCUCAAGAUGAAGAGCGUUGGAUUGUCAAUCUCAAGACAUAUCUAAGUGGCGAUGUAUCAAACUUGGAUGCGGUAGAAGUGAAGAUGUGCGCCAAACUGGCGCCGGAAUACGAGAUCGAUGAGAACAAUCUGCUAUUUUUUUGCCCCAUGGCGAAAAGAGAGUCGGAAGAUCGCGAUGGUUUGAUGCGGUUGGUGAUCCCUGAGACGUUGCAGCAGGAUUUUUUGCAUCACUAUCACACGAGUCUGGAAGGAGGCCAUCAGGGUAUUGGCCGAACCUAUCAGAGGAUCAGAUCGCGAUUUCAUUGGAGAGGACUGUAUCGGAGCGUUCAACGAUAUGUGGGCGAAUGUACCGACUGUGAGACCGGGAAAGGAAACCCGAUGAUUCAUGGGAAAUCCCCGGGCAAUCUACACGCAACCUAUCCAUUCCAGAUCAUCGCCAUGGAUCAUAUACCGUCGUUGCCCAAGUCCAUCAAGGGGAACACCGAACUGCUCAUUUGGGUCGACCUUUUCUCGGGAUAUGUGAUUGCAAAGGCUAGCUCCUCUCGGACGGCACAAACAAUAGCGGAGAAUUACGAAGAAUGUGUGUUUCGACGCUUCGGAGCUAGCGAGGCUAUCAGGCACGAUCGAGAACCGGGAUUUAUGUCCGACUUCUUUCGAGCCUUCAGUCGGAUCGUAGGACAAAAACAGCGUGCUACUAUGGCUUACAGGCCACAAGCAAAUGGAACAGCCGAACGAAUGGUGCAAACCCUGACACAUUCGCUCAAGAUGUACGUGGCUGAAGUUGACCAGCGAGACUGGGAUGAGUAUGCUGAGCGGCUCACCUUUGCCAUUAACACUGCACAAGAUCGGAUCCGGGGGGAUACCCCAUUUUAUCUGAUUCAUGGGUGGGACCCGCGAUCGACUUUGGAGGCUACGCUACCAGUGGGGAAUACGGGGACACGAGAUCGCGAUCCAAAGAGGUGGAGAUACAAAAUCCAAAGACAAUACCAGCGAGCCCGAUCUGCAGUGAACGAUCGUUUACAAGCCGCGAUUCAGGAGCGAGCGGAUCGACACAACGAAGAUCUGGAACCACACGAGAUCGAAGUAGGAGCGCAAGUUUGGCUAUACCUGGACCGAGUUAAAGAGGGAUAUGCGAAGAAGCUAGCGCACAUGUGGCAUGGGCCAUUCCGAGUUGCGGACGUAUGUGGAGAUCAUGCUGUAAAAUUGGAGAUCGCUGGAACCCCAUAUCGGUUAUUUCCGAUUGUACACAUAUCGAAGCUAAAAAAGGUAAAGACGUUCCCUGAACGCCCGAAGGAUCAGCUUACGAUAGAGGAAUCAGAUCGCUUGGAUUUCGAUGAAGCUCUGCUGCCAGAAGACAGUUGGGAUGGCGAUCUUGAAGAAGGGGAAUACGAAGUAGAGGCAAUAUUGGACGUGCGAUCUGGUAGAAAAACCCGUUAUGGGCGAGUACACCGGCAGUUUCUGGUGAAGUGGAAGGGAUAUCCCGAUCUAAGUUGGGUGGACGAGGCCGAUCUAAGUUGUGGGGCGAUCUUGCAAGAGUUUGAGCGGAACCGAGUGAGUCGAAACCGUUUCGACGUAAUGCAGUCUCAUGAAGGCAAGUCGGACGAACCUUAA